CUUUUUUUUCCCCUCUUUUAUUAAAUCCCUACCUAAAACUCAUUACCAGACUGCCCCAUGUUCUUAUUUAGGUUCAGGAACUAUUUGAGCAACUUUAUCUUAUUAAAGUUUACAUAUGCAUGCAUUAUUUAGUUUCAAAUUUAAAAUGCUUCCGCACUUUAUUUUUAAUCUGGAUUCUGACUGGGUUAUUUACAACAUGCAUAGUUGUAUUUUCCUCGGUGGAAUGCACUUCAUAUGUUUUUGAUAUUUAUUAUUCAGUCAAUAACUCUGUUUUGUUGGAGAGUUUUUUACUUUUUUUAACAUAUGUGCUAAAUCUUGAUUGAUAUGAAUACAGAAAUAAUAGGGUUAUAAAUUAUAGUUAAUUGUUGGUUUAAACAGUGUUCGUCUUUGUCAAUUUUAGAUUGGAGAGUUUUUUUUUCAAAGGGGUUUUCUCGUUUAACAAUUUGAGAUUAUAGGUCGGAAAUUUUAGGUUCUUUUGUUUUCUUUUAAAGAUAAUGGCGGUGAUAUAAAAGAUGGUGAGUUCAACAAAAAGAUGGCUGGAGAUAGAAGAGUGGAUGCAACUAGGGCAUCUAAUCCUUACCAUCAAUCUGGUCAAUCUUUUCCAAAAAGAACUGCUGGUGCUGAAGCUCGUGGGGAUAUAAAAGAAUCAGGCUCCAUACUUAAUGUUCCUAUUUUGGGUGGACGAAAAGAGAGAUCCCGACCAAAGACUCCGCAAGAUCAUGACAACGUAUCUGACCGAAGUGUAGUUUAUCCUUAUGAUGCUCAAUCAUCUCCAUCUACGGACAAGGUGAAAGUAGAGAAUGGGUCUGUCCUUGAUGAUCCUAUAUUUGGAAAAAGAAAGCCAGUCUCCCAACCAAGGCCUGUUGAAGAACAUGAGAAUGGCUCUGCCCUUGAUGAUCCUAUAUUUGGCAGAAGAAAGCCAGCAACCCAGCCAAAGCCCCAAGAGCUUGUUAAUGGAUCCGGUCAAGGUGCUGUCAAUCCUUCUGGUCCUCCCUUGUCUCCAUCUAAUGAGAUUGUGAACAUAGGGAAUGGCUCCACCCUUGAUGAUCUCAUAUUCGGCCGCAAAAAGCAGGGAUCUGAACCAAAACCUCAAGAAGAGCUUGAGAAUGUACCUGCUGUGAAAUUAGAGAAUGGUGACUAUAAGUCUUAUUCUGGACCACUUGCUGAAGUAAAAGAUCCUACUUUGAACAAGCAAAUCCAGUCAUCUGGGGUAGUGCCUACAUCUGGAAUUAUCAAAAUGACCCCCUCUCUGUCUCUCCCCAUGCACAAUGGUGUGGAAGGUGCCACUGACUCACCACCUGAAAAUAGAAGCUUCAGUUUCUCAGGUACACCCCAUGUUUUUGAAGAGAGUGAUGAUGACGAUGCACUAUCUAUUAGUUCUGAUGCCAGCGUUUCCGUGGGAAAGUACCGUGUGAAAGGAAGCUUAUCUUCAAUUCUACAGUCAGUCUUUGACAAGUACGGUGAUAUAGCAGCAAGCUGUCAACUGGAAUCAAUUGUCAUUCGCUCUUAUUACCUUGAGUGUGUCUGUUAUGUAGUUCAAGAGUUGAAACGCACUUCAGUGAAGCAGCUGACAAGAUCAAAAGUCAAAGAAAUGUUGGCUAUGCUCAAGGAUGUAGAAUCUUCAGGAAUGGAUGUUGCUUGGCUUCGUCUCAUGCUCAAUGAAUGCGCAGAAUCCAUUGAUAUCAUGAGUCAGCAUCGAGCUUUCGAAGUAGCUAAGGCCAACUGUGAUCGUGACAUCGAAUCAGCAAGGAAAGAAUUAGAAUCCCAAAUGGAGGCUUUGGCUGUAAAAGAAAAGGAGGUUGCUGAUGCCAAGAAGCAAGUUUCUGUAACCAGAGCCCAUCUGAGGGAGCUUGAGCUCAAAUCAUCCAGUUUGAGUGAGGCUGUUAGUAAAAUGAAGUCCAAGGCCGAAAAUCUUCAAAGCAAACCAUUGUUGGACAAGGUCUUGUGAGGCGACUGCAAAAGCUGGUGAGCCUGUAAUCAGUUAUAGAUAGAAGUCCUAUAUAAAUGUUGUAAAGGGUGAAACUAGCCCAUAACAUCCUCCUAUACUAGUAGCCUUUGAAGUUAGGUCGACUGUCCAUUUCACUGUGUGGUACUUACUAGUCAUGUUAAGUUCUUCUGUAAGUUUUUUCGCUUCCAUUGUAUUGAACACAAAGGAGCUAGAAGAAGGCUGCUAUUCCCUCAUCUUGUACUAUUAUUUAGAGCAAACUUGAGAACCUGUUUACUUGAUCAGACCUCAUUUUGCUUCAUUUUCUAUGUUCACAUUUUUUUCAUUACACUACAGUGGUGCGACUGUCUUGUACAUUUUGUGCAUGUUAGUAUAUGAUUAUUCUCUGUGCUUCACUAAU